GCCCUUUCCGACUGAAGUAGGGUUUUGGGGAGAAUGUUGCCUCCUCUUAUGCACUCCCAUUAAUUAUUUUCGUCCAAUUCAGUUAUUACCCACUUCCCUCUGAUCAUACGCAGGGUCGCCGAGAACGACGUGAUUCGUCUCUCUUGCCUAAAUGGAAGAUUGUUUGCGCAUCCAUCUGUCCUUGAAUACUAACGAGACGCGAAGAAAACGAGCCAUUGCGAAUCAUGGGUACCAUCUGAAAUCUACCACCCUUCUCUAGAACAAUGCACAAGGAAGCCGGUGGGCCUGAUAAAUUUCCGUCCAUCGCCGGUCAAUCACGGUACAGUGGGUCGGUGGGACUGUGGAGGGAAUGAAUCCUGUUCUACGGGACCAGGGGAGUAUCGGAUGCAGUCGGCUCUCGCCGGUAGCCACAUCCCCACUUCCCCACUCCCUUUCUUCGUUUGAAUGUCCCCUUCGCUUUGUAAAAGAGAGAGAGAGAGGUCGAUUUUUUCAUGGAGGUUCAUACUUCAAAGUUAUUCCAAGUACCCUUCUGAUUAUACACUGGAAGCGACCCGCUUGACUCUGCACCACACUUCCAAAUGGAUGCCUCUCUGCGUUGGGUUGGGGUAUGGGUCUGUGCCCUUUAUUCCCCUUUUAUCCUAUCGUCAUCAGGAAUCUCCCAGCGCCUUAGAUCUCCGCCUUCCCUUUAUUGUUGACCGAAAACGUACCCACAGUCCGCAGCUUCGACUGGAAGCUUUGCGUCCACUUCAACGAAGGAACAUCCAGAAAGCUCGACCGAGAAGAACGGAGACAUGAUACUACGAGAUGCACCCAUUCUUGGGGAGGGCACAGAAACUUUUAUACGGCGCAAGGGAUUUCAGGCAGCGUCAACAGUGAUUUGGCUGGUGCUGCUUCUACUCGGGGAAGCAGGCUUCAUCGACCCGUCGGCUGUGCCGGACAUUGAAGGUGAAGCUUUAGUUCAACUGCGGUGGGCGCUGAAUGACUCGAGCAAUAAGAUUCCUGACUGGGACUACCAUAUGGUGACGCCUUGCUUUAGUUGGUCCCAUGUGACCUGCACCGACGGCCACGUAACAUCCUUGAGCCUGUCUUCAAGUGGACUAUCAGGAACUUUUUCACCUUCAAUAACUAAACUGAAGCACUUGGUUAGUCUGGAAUUACAAAACAAUAAUCUAUCUGGUGUAUUGCCUGAUUACCUUGGUGAUUUAACCCAACUCGAGUACCUAAAUCUGGCAAACAAUGGCUUCACUGGUCCUCUACCGAGCAAAUGGGGUCAGCUUUCUAAGCUGCGCCGUCUGGUAAUCAGCAAUAAUCAAUUAACUGGAGAAAUUCCAGACUCGAUUGCAAACAAUCUAGGGCUGAAAGAAGUGGAUUUUUCUUCCAACAAUUUCACUGGGACCAUUCCUGUGAGGUUCUUUGCAGUUGCUAAAUAUAACUUUACAGGAAACCAUCUCGAUUGCAACUUUAGCUCACAACAGUGUUUCUUGAGCUCUCCCAUCACCACAUAUUCACAUUCAUCAAAUUUGGGAUAUCGUGGUUUUGUGAUUGGUGGUGCUGGAGGAGGCAUAAUUCUUAUGCUUUCCAUUGGAGUUGUAUUCAUUUAUUUGAACUGCAAAGCACGUGCUUUGAAACAUGACGUAUAUUUUGAUGUCUCAGGUGAGGAUGAACACAGAAUUGCCUUUGGUCAAAUAAAGCAAUUUUCUUGGCGUGAACUGCAGCUUGCAACUGGCGAUUUCAGCGAAAAUAAUGUCCUUGGUCAAGGUGGGUUUGGAAAAGUUUACAAGGGCAUCCUUUCAGAUAACACGAAGGUUGCAGUAAAACGUUUGACAGCAUACCACAGUCCUGUUGGUGAAGCUGCAUUCCUUAGGGAGGUGGAGUUGAUAAGUGUUGCAACUCAUAAAAAUAUUUUGAGACUGAUUGGUUUCUGCAUCACGGCAUCAGAAAGGAUUUUGGUUUAUCCAUUCAUGGAAAACCUGAGUGUUGCUCAUUGUCUGCGAGAUCUGAAACCUGGGGAGAAGGUCUUGGACUGGCCAUCAAGGAAACGUAUUGCCCAGGGAACAGCUCAUGGGAUGGAAUAUCUGCAUGAGUACUGCAAUCCUAAAAUUAUACAUCGUGAUCUGAAAGCUGCUAAUAUUUUGUUAGAUGAAAAUUAUGAAGCAGUGGUUGGGGACUUUGGGCUAGCAAAGCUGAUUGAUCCAAAUUCCACUCAUGUGACAACGCAAGUGCGUGGUACAAUGGGUCACAUUGCUCCGGAAUAUUUAAGCACAGGAAGAUCAUCGGAAAAGACAGAUGUGUUUGGCUAUGGGAUUACACUUCUAGAACUUGUCACUGGACAACGUGCAAUAGAUCUCUCACGACUUGAAGAAGAGGAGGAUGUACUCCUUCUAGACCAUAUUAAAAAGCUUCUGAGAGAGAAAAGGCUUGCUGAUAUUGUGGACAACAAUUUGAAGGAGAACUAUGAUCCUAAAGAAGUAGAGAUAGUUGUCCAGGUGGCACUGUUGUGCACCCAACGCUCACCUGAUGAUAGGCCAAAGAUGGCAGAAGUGGUGCACAUGCUACAGGGCGUGGGGCUUGUGGAGCGAUGGGAGUAUCUGCAGCAGCUUGAAAAGAUUCAAAAUCAAGAAUUCCCUUUAGUGUCUCAACAGUUUGUCUGGGCAGAUGUUUCUUCUUACGACCAAACAGCUACUGAAUUGUCCAAGGGCAGAUAGAUAGCCUAAAGAGGAGGCUUACUGACAAAUUGGAGGAUCUGCAGCGUCUUGUAAGUUUGAGAUUAAAUUUUCAUGUGGUCUCUCUGUAGUUUUGUGUGGGCAGCCAUUAUUCUGACAGCCAAAUAGAUAUUGGUCCGUCUGGUAGUCAUUGAUAUUGUAUGAGAUUUUCCUUUUCAAAUGACAUUUGGGAUGCCAUAGAACCUUUUUUGCAUGAAUGCACCGUGCAUCUACUGUGGAGUGGUAAUUAAGCUAAAGAAAUUUGAUUGUGCCAACCAUCGAGUGGAAAAUCCCACGUCAGUGAGGUUCACAUAUUAUCAAUACGUGGUGGGCUUGGAACUGGGAUAUGCUUCAAGUAAAACAAGGCCAUAUGGGGUAGACCAUGGCAAAUUUGUCUAGACUCGGAUCGGCUAUUAUCCUAAG